CAAUUUACCGGAAAUACGUAGCUGCAACAGAGAGCGGAAAUGUGCCCCAAUGUUAUUAUUCCGACAAAGAAGAGCUAGCUAACAUAUUCAUUCUUAAUUUUCACAAACGCACAUGACACUGUUUUUGGGUGUUGUGAAGGUGUUUUGAAGAUGGAUGCACUGGAUCACAUGUUAACAGACCCACUGGAGUCUGGAAUGGACCGCGAUGGACGUGUGAUGGAGGAGUGCAUGUUGGGAAACUGCAGAGUUCGGGUUCCUGAGGAUCUACUAGAGGAUCCAGAGAUUUUUUUCUCUGUGAUGAGCGAGAGCACAUGGACAGAUGUUCUGACGGAUGCUCAACGGACACAUCUUCGUCAGCUCCUGCCACAGUUCUCUGAGAACAACAUCUCUGAGCAGGACAACAUCAUUGGCGACAUUUUCAACAACCAGAAUUUCUUAUUUGGAAAUCCCUUGCACAUUGCCCAGAAACUUUUUAGAGAUGGUUACUUCAAUCCAGAAGUGGUGAAGUACAGGCAACUUUGUGCAAAGUCUCAGAAGAAAAGACAAAUAUUCUCACUUCAGCAGUACUACCAUAAGUUACUCAAGCAGAUCCUGGUCUCCAGAAAGGAGUUGCUGGAUUUGGCAGUCCGCAGUGGACCUGAGCUGUCCGUAAAACGGCGUUAUCCUGCCCCCUCUCACAAGGAGGUGCUAGAACGAAGAGUCAGAUGUCGAGUGGGUCACAUACUGAAGGAUGUGAAAACUGAGUGUGCGGACAGUAAUGUGUCAUCCGAUGAGAUGGUGGCAGAUACAGCCUCUUGGUUACCUGUUCCUCAGUCGCCCUCCUCCCCAACACCAACUGUCUCCCUCAGGGUCCUGCCCAGCCUUUCUACUCAGGACAUGAAGAUUAGAGACAAGCCUGAGCUGGGUGAGAAGGACCUCAGAGCCAUGUUACAUAGGCACAGAGAGAAGAGAAAACGACAACCAGAUCACCCUGACCUCAUUACCUCUGACCUUCAUCUUGGUGACAUCAUGUCACGUGUGAACAUUGGCAGAAAAGGAUCCAUUACGAAUGUCUUUGACCUGGUGCUGCCUAAGAAGAAGAUAAAGGAGGAGAAGAGAAAGAAAAAGAUGCGUCCCAUUAAAUCUGAAUCGGAGGAGGUGUGUGACGUUCUGAUGUCAGCAUCAGUGAAUCCGGCUCUCCCUGACACCCCCGCUGCUCUGGCACAAAGCAUUAAAGAAGAGCCCAUGGAUGAGUCCCAGAACAGCCCUGAAUUGGUGGAGGAAAUCGCCAUCAGUUUUUUUCAUUUGCUAAAGGAUGUUCUGAGAUUAGAAGGGCUGGCAACAUCCUCCAUGGUGGAGGAAAAAGUGCUACAGUGGCAAUCAUCUCCUGCAAGCACACUAAACCCAUGGUUCUCUAUAGCCCCCUGCUGGUCAGAGUCGGUGGUGCCUGCUCUACAGUUUCUUGCUGGAGAGAGCAAAUCUGGUGUGAUGGCUCUGCCCACUGGCUUCAUACCUUUGGUGGAGUUUAAGGAACUAACACAGCAGUGGAAAUGGAUAGGCCUAAAUCCAGAUGGAGACAAAGACCUGAGUGCCCUGUGCCAGUUAUGGUUGGAGUCAAAGGAUCAUGUGGUUGUCGUAAAGCAAGAAGGAGAAGAAACCGCAGAGCUGACUCCACCAACACCAAGAGUGUGGACAGACUACGUGGUGAGACCUAGUACAGGAGAGGAAAGGCAUGUAUUUCAAGAGCAGGAGCAACAGCGUUAUGAUCAGCCACACAAAGCAUUCACUUACCGAACGCAUGGCUUUGAGUCUGUGGUAGGACCAGUCAAGGGAGUUUUUGAUAAGGAGACAUCACUCAAUAAAGCCCGAGAGCAUUCCUUACUGCGCUCCGAUCGACCCGCCUAUGUCACCAUACUGUCUCUUGUAAGGGAUGCUGCUGCCAGGCUGCCCAACGGAGAGGGGACCAGAGCUGAGAUUUGUGAGUUACUCAAAGACUCCCAGUUCCUGGCCCCUGAUGUCACCAGUGCACAGGUCAACACUGUGGUGAGCGGUGCCCUUGACCGCCUCCACUACGAGAAAGAUCCGUGCGUGAAAUACGACAUCGGCCGCAAGCUCUGGAUCUACCUCCACAGAGACCGGAGUCAGGAGGAGUUUGAGAGAAUACACCAGGCUCAAGCAGCUGCUGCCAAAGCAAAGAAAGCUCUCCAGCAAAAGCCAAAACCAGCCCCCAAGCCCAAGGCUGGCGGGAAGGAGCCCGGGGGUAAAAAUGGUGCUGUCGAGGCAGCUCAGAGCUCAGGUACCGAAGGAGUCGCUGUUAACCCCGCCAGCUUACCUCAACCUCUCACCACACCAAGCACCCCCGGAACCCCAAAAUCACCCCUCCCGCACACAGCAGCUACAGCAGCAAAAGUCAGUGCUGCCGAUCCCAUCAAAACCAGCCCCAGUGUCUUGUUGGUAUCGCCUCCUCCCAUGCCCCAGUUAGGAUCGCUGCUAUCUGCCAGUAAGCCACUGGUUUCCCAGCAAGCCCCAGCACAGCCUGCGACUCGGGUGGUGGCACACUCGGCCGCCGCUGGCUCCCUGCCUCAGGUGCGAGUGGUCACCUCACAACCUGGUAUAACAAACUCCUCUGCGGCCCAGCCAGCAACUUUAGUGCACCAGAGCCCCCAUCACAUCAGGGUGCCAGUCUCUGUAGCCCAUGGGAAGAGCAUCACACAGGCAGUGGUGACUUUACCACUAAGAGGUCAGUCUACAGGAAGCCCCAUUCAGGUUCAGGCUUCACGUGGUCAGGCCAGUCUUACUGUCCCAGGUCUUGCCUCUACUGUCACAGUGACCAAACCUCAAACCAGCUCGCUUGCCAGUCCCGCCCAUAAACCAGCCUCACCCGCUGUACUGCAGGGAGUAAGCAGCCAGAAUAUUAUCAAGCAGGUUGCAAUCACGGGCCAGUUAGGUGUAAAGACCCAAAGUGGGACAGGAAUUCCUCUCACUGCCACUAACUUGCGCAUUCAGGGCAAGGAUGUGCUCCGUCUGCCGCCUUCUUCAAUCACCACAGAUGCCAAAGGUCAGACGGUGCUCCGCAUCACUCCAGACAUGAUGGCCACCCUAACUAAAUCCCCAAUGGCCACCGUCAAACUCACCCCAGACAUGCUGAGCACUGCAACUGGAGCGGGCAGCAAGAGCAUCUCUGCUACUCUACAUGUGUCUCCGUCCCAGGUCUCGCUCCCGGCCCACAAGGCCGCUCCAUCUGCAACCGCCGAGACCCUGGCCAAAUCGUCUGCUUCUCUAGGCACCAAAGGCACUGCUACUCUCGUAAAGGCAACCUGUGACACGGCCAUCCGCCUCAUGCCUGCCCUAGCGGUCACUAUGCCUGACUCCAAAACCCGCACUUUCUCGACUGUCACCUCCUCUGACUCGAUAGCCGGCACUACUAUCAGAAUAGUGCCAAACUUGGGUGUGAUCCCUCAGAAACAGGGUCAGACUGUCUCAAUUUGCACAACCACCACAGCUACGAAGCCCAUGACGGUGUCAUCGGGAGCGGCUACUGUUACCAUAGCCACCAGUGGAGUGGGAGGAGCCAAAGGUGUUACGCUUAGCUCCGCAGCCACUGGCUCUCCGCUGUCUCUGGGCACUACUGCCACCGCGGUCAGACAGGUGCCAGUCACUGCCACUGUAGUCACUACACAACCGGGGAAGCUUCCCACGAGGAUCACAGUGCCUCUUUCUGUCCUCGGCCAACCUUUGAAAAACAAGAGUAUGGUCACUACCCCCAUACUAAAAGGCAACAUCAGCACCAACAUUAGUAAUCUUGGCAGAAACAUCAUCCUCACCACCAUGCCGGCGGGUACCAAGAUAAUUGCUGGUAACAAGCCUGUCAGCUUUGUGACUGCUCAGCAACUGCAACAGCUGCAGCAGCAGGGACAAGCCACACAGGUUCGAAUUCAGACGGUACCAGCACAGCAGCUGCAGCGCACAGCCAGCUCGCCGAAGUCCACGGUGUCUACUGUGGUGUUCUCCACUGCUCCCUCGCCGAAGACAAAUCCAGAUCCUCAGUAAACAACUAUAUUUGUAGCUUCUGCUCUUUUGAUGAUGAGAAAAUACAUGGAAGAAUCAGACUCACUUUAAAACAACAAACAAGUUGCUCUGAAAUAUCAGUGUUUCCCAUGAAAGUAGCAGACGGGUGUCAGAUUCGGCAGCACUGGAUUGAUCCGAUGCAUCAAUUUUCUCAGAUUUUGUUGUUCCAGACAUUUCCUGUACAUGGUGACUGGUGUAAUGUCAUUUGUAAACAUUGUAGUAUGAUGACAGUGACAUCACUGACAAACAUUUUACGUUGGUAAGGUAAAUGGCCUUUCGCUAAAGAUGUUGACAUGCAGACAAGCAAGUUUGUUUAUUGGUGCUUUUGAAAUAUAAUUUUCUCUUAAAGCAGCGUAAUUUAACAAAUACUGUUAAUACAGUAUCUGGUGUGUACUUAAAUAAAUGAUAGAUCUAAACAAAUCUGCUUUUUGAGAUACAGCUGUUUCGUGCUCGCAACUGAAUGGGUCAAGGUAAAUAUAACAAAACGUCAAGUUGCUUACUGCUAUUUAGGUAUUAAGCUUCUACUUAAAUUUCAUAUGCAAAUAAUUAUUUGCCUACUUUGUACCACUUUAUUUACACGCUUAGGGCAGUUACAUAAAGGACAACUGACGAAACAGUCCCGAAUAUGCUUGCCGUUUCCUUGUUUCCCUUACGCUACAAAGAGAGCAUUCGUGCAUAUAUUUCCAUUAAAUAGAAAUGAAUCGAUAGGUAUUUUCAAGGGAAUAUUAUUCAUACACAUAUUAUUAGAUAUUCCAGAGGAAUAUUUUGUUCAGUUCGUAGAUUCUUUUCACAUGACCGGUUUUGGCAAUUUUAUUGAGAACGAUGCCAGGUGUUCCUGACAUAUGUGCUAACCACUUCAUUUACAAAGUCUAUUUAAAAUAAUAUAUUCGUCAUGAACACAGGAAAGAGGUUUGAUUUGGUUUUAAAUAAUUUGCGUCGGUCAUAUUGGGUGACCGGCUUGAGAAAGUCCUCUUGCAGUGCAUUCAAUUCUUUAAAUCACCAUUUCCCACAGUUCAAAGUGAAUGAAGCCACCUAUUCUUCAUCUGAUUCUUGGAGCAAAGCUUUCUGGGUGCUAGAAUUGGAGAAAGUCGAUUUUCUGAGGCCCAACUCCAUGUCGCCCAUCUGCCUUCCUGCACACCAGUUUGAAAACC